CGGCGUACAGAUGGUUGAGAGAUUUUGAGAAUGUAAACAUAGGAUUUCUUCUGUAAUUUCAACUUGAAUUUUACUCUUAAAAAAAUUAAGAAACACGUGCUUAGUGCGUAAGGCUGUGUUUCCGGACUAGAUACUGCCUUGAUUUGACUAAUGUUGGAUUAUCUAUAUCACGAUUGUCCCUGCGUUCAUCAGAAUAUGUGAAUCAUUGGAUUAAUGGUUGUCUGUGCGUCCUCCUCCGUGUACAGCUGCGUGUACGAUAGCAUCAUCACAUAUAGAGGCUGGAUGCAGAUGGAUUAGCGUUUGUGCUAAGCUAUUCGAAUACUCUUUAAACUAACCUGAAUUCAGAACGGAUACAUAUUCUCGAAUAGAGAUUGAUACAUUUCGGAAUUAUUUGACUGUUUAGAUCUUGGAUAAUUAUCCUUAUUUUGGUGGUUUGGAUUAGGCAGUUUCAAGAACCUUUGGAAUUACAUUGACUUUUGAAUAUUUCGGAAUAUUCUUCGGAUUACUUCUAACCAAGCUUUGGAGAAAGAUUCUGGAUACAUAGGAUUAACUGACAGAAUGGUGGAGUAAUCAUUUCGCAUGAAUCAGAUUUUGAUAUGUGAUUAGAUGCGUUGGAAUAUUCCUCUAACAAAAGAUUAAAUUAUGAUACGGACAUAGCACAGGUGGAGUAAUGAUGAACUUUCGUUGGGAUUGUGUUUUGAACUGUCUGCUCAUCAUAGCGACGGAGUUCGUCAUUCUGAAAGCUGACCGGAUCAAGCGCACCACGGACAAGAACGGCCUCCCUAACCCACGAAUCGUCGAACAUCCCCAGAACCAGUACGUCGCUAAGAACGACCCAGCAACUCUGAACUGCAAGGCCGAGGGUGACCCACCACCGACGAUAACAUGGUACCGGAACAAACGGCCUGUGAUAACCGCGCGAGAGAACCCGACAUCUCAUCGGACUUUGGUGAAUUACGGGCAGCUAUUCUUCUACCGGAUUAUACAUAAUAAGAAUAAUAAGCCGGAUGUCGGGACGUAUUAUUGCAAUGCAACAAAUAUACAUGGGACUGCGAUCAGUAAAAAUGCUACGCUGGAGAUAGCUGUUUUACGGGAUGACUUCAAACUCCAGCCCAAGAACAAACAGGUCGCCGUCGGGGAUGCGGCGCUGUUGGAAUGCCGGCCACCAAAAGGGCAGCCAGAUCCAAGGGUGAAAUGGCUGAAAGAUAAAGAACCCGUUGUAGAGUCGUCACGAUUCCGAUUGCAGGAAAAUGGGAAUCUGGUCAUCACGGAUACGAGGAAGAGCGAUUCUGGGGUUUAUGUUUGCGUGGCGUAUAACAUUGCUGACGAGAGGCUGAGCCCCAAGGCGACAUUGUCAGUUUUAGAAAAGCCCAAAUUCAUCAAGCAGCCCGAUGACAUCUUGGUAACAGAAAAUGAGGAUGUCCAGUUCGAAUGUAAGGCGUCGGGUGACCCGGCACCAGUUAUAGUGUGGAGAAAGGACGAUGGACAGAUUCCUGUCAACAGGAAUCGUAUAUUGGAAGAUAAAAGUCUGAAGAUAUCGCGAGUGAAGGUUGAUGACGAGGGUCUGUAUGUCUGCAAGGCAGAGAAUCCAGUGGGAACCAUUGAAGCUGUUGGACGACUGACUGUACAUUCACAUCCCUCAUUUGUGACUACACCACAAGACAAAGUAGUUGGCGUUGGGCGGACCGUCACCCUAAAAUGCGAGGUCACGGGCAAUCCUCCUCCAGCCGUCUUCUGGAACAAGGAAGACAGCCAAAUCUUAAUGUUCCCACGCCAGGAUCAUGGAAGAUUCUCCGUCACUGAGGAGGGGACCUUGAUCAUCGAGCGCUCGCAGAAGGAUGAUGCGGGAGAGUACAUCUGUCAGGCAUUGAGUGUGGCUGGCAGUGCCUUUGCUAAGGCAAAAGUUGAAGUCAAGGACGUCGACCCAAGACCACCACCUAUCAUCCACCAAGGUCCACAAAACCAGACAUUGCCUAUCAACAGUGUUGCCAUGCUCAUCUGUCAAUCAUCUGGCGACCCCCAGCCGACGGCAAUCUGGUACAAAGACGGCAAACCGAUGGAGGGAGGCUCGAGUACGAGGGUCACUCUCCUGGGGUCUGGCACUCUGCAGAUUUCGGAUUUGCAGUUUUCCGACACAGGGUUGUAUACGUGUAAAGCUGUGAGUGAGACUGGUGAGACUUCGUGGAGUGCAGCACUGACAGUUGAAGCUCCAAGUAAAGCCUCUGUCAUCUUCCACCGGACGCCGGAGCCGUCCACUUUCCCUGGUCCGCCGUCGAAGCCGAUCAUCACAGAGGUGACGGAGAAUUCCGUCAAGCUCAUGUGGAAGCAGAAUCCAAACCAGGGGGCGUCACCAGUCAUUGCAUACACCGUGGAGUACUUCAGUCACGAAACAGGAGAGGGUUGGGUCGUAGCCUCUGACCAUGUACAGGGUAACCUAGAGUAUUAUGAGGUGAAGAACCUGCGUCGAGACACCAGUUACAUGUUCCUAAUCCGAGCAAAGAAUUCCCACGGGCUGAGUUUGCCGAGCUCCGUGUCUGAGCCAGUUAGGACUGGAGGAGGAGAUGGAUCGAGGCCGACGCUGGCACAAUUCGACAUUCCUCUCGUCGAGCAGAAGUUGAGCGGCAGUGUAGUCCAGUUGCGAGAACCCGAGGUCAUCAGUUCUACAGCAGUCAAAAUUAAUUGGAAUGUGGUCAAGUCCCACAAAUACAUCGAGGGUUUCCACAUCAAGUAUCGUCCAAUGCCGCUGACCCACGCCCACCACCACCAUCACCACCACGUAGAGUACAGCAUCGAGACCGUCACAUCUCAGCGCGCUACCAUGUACGUCCUGCGCAAUCUGCAAAAAUACACUUGGUACGAGAUCCGAAUACAGCCAUUCUAUCUGACCGUAGAAGGUCAGCUGAGUAACGGGGUCCGAGUUCAAACUUUGGAGGAUGUCCCGUCAAUGCCGCCGCAGAAUAUUGUCGCCCGGAAAGUUGCAAACAACUCUAUAUUGAUAGCGUGGAGUCCACCGGCGAAGGAUCAUCGGAAUGGCAUCUUGAAAGGAUACAAGAUUUAUUGUAUCGGAAACUCGAGCAAGUUUAGCCGUAACAUCACAACCAAUGCCACGACAAACAAAUAUCCGAUCAGAAACGUCAUCCCAGACAUGAUGUACAAGAUUUAUAUCGCGGCCACAACACGGAUGGGGGUUGGUGUCAGAAGCGAGGCACAGAUUGUCGGGGGCACAGAAACCUCAAGCUACGUCCAGAACUUUGUCAACGAGCCUUGGUUUAUCCCGACCAUCAUCGGAAUCUUUGGCGGCAUGAUAUGGUUUGCGUUAUGCGUGUUCAGCAUUUGGCUCUACAAGAAACGGCGGAACCGGAAACCUUACAUCAAGGCAAAAAACCCGGGUAUGGUUCUCAAUCUUUCAGGAAAACAACCAGAAGAAGUGGCCUUAGCAGGUCGGGAUGGGUACCCGUCCAUGCGAGACCCAUACGGUCACAAGGAAAACGAACACGUUGACAUGCGGGGACAGCAGCCUGAUGUUACGAAUAUUUUAGAAAAACGGCAACAGAAGAUGCAGGAUUAUAAUCACGAUACAAGUGAUGUGACGCAGAUGAAGACCUUUUAUAACAAGGCGAACCCGAUAUCGUUGCCGGUGGCUCCAUAUGCGACUACGAAUUUGUGUACUAGCAAUAAUCUUAUAAACCAGCAGAGUGGCAACAGUGCCUUCACCCCUGUCAAAAAUUCCUACAUCCCACGCGGCGUCGAAAAGAGUGGCUCAAAUGACAGUUGUCAGAAGGAUCUUAUGAAUGAUUCAAAUUCGGACAACAGUCGACCAAACACAGGGCAUUAUGGUGUACCAUCGGAAACUAUGCCGAUGAUAUCUUCGGAUCAAAGUCCGACAAGCGAUGGCAAUUAUACCAUAGAUGAAAAUGGCAUGCCCGUCAGAAGAACCAACAUGCACAUGGCAAUGCGGAACCCGGUGUUGAACUUCGCCGACCUUUUACCGCCACCCCCAGAAAAUCCUCCACCCUCGGACAUUGGGACUCCACCUGAUUCGCCUACACGAGGAAUGUCACCUACGAAGUUUGAACACAACUAUCGCGUCCCGAUGCCCCAGAGUCAACAACGCCAGGCAAUGAAUGCAUAUCGGUCACCACAUGAUCGGUUGCCUACACCACCUAGGAACUUACCAUUAUCAGACAACGAGCGUCGUUCAAUGUCGCCAAGAAACCAGCCUUAUAACAUUGACGAACGUCGCACCCAGUCGCCCAGGAAUGACUUAUCAAAUCGUGUCCAGUCGCCAAAACAACGAUGUCAAUCCCCCCGGGGUUAUAACGAUAAAUACCAAAUCCGCGGAGCGAGUGACCCGGAGGGCCCAAUGCCUCCAAGGGGAGGUUUCAAGGUGUUACCUACGGAUCAUGAUCAUAGGUUCAUGAGUGAUUCGGAGGUGCGUACGCCUCGCUUGUACCCACAACUGCCUCCAUCGCCGACGAACGGUGUGUCGAUGGACCGUGCCAUACAGAGUUCGUUGCCAAGUUUGGUGAGCGAGCCCAUUCAUUCACCAGUACAUUCAGCGAGAUUGGAAUCGACGCCAAACGGUCCGUCGCUUAGUGUGGACUUGUACCACCAGGGCGGCGGAGAUUCGCCUGUUUAUGAUGGCGAGUACUUGCCCCCAGAACACACUGGUGAGUCCGAUCCUAGUGAUAACCCGGAACAAGAAUAUCCGGAGAGAGAGUAUCGAAAUACGGAACGAGACUGUGCUAGCCCCGAAUCUAGUGUUGGAGAAUUAUAUGCGGACGGUGGUUCAAUGAUGGCAUCAUGGGCGAGCGUAACGGACGGGAGCAACUCAGAGUGUACGAGCGCUCGAUCGAGUUUAGCGAGUUCUUCUGAUGGGUCAUUCCUAACUGAGGCCGACUUCGCAACCGCGGUUGCAAAGGCCGCAGAAUUAUCAGGGCUUACUGUGGUGGGGUCUACAGUAUGUGACCCUAGCCAUCAACAAGGAAAACAAGGAAAAAGAUACCACAAACACCGAGAACGUGCCAAGAGACCAACUAGCCCUUAUAGUACAGAUAGUAAUUAUAGUGCAGUACCACCCCAGCCGAGGAAACCUUAUCCGAAGUCACAGCGAAAACAACAAUUACAGGAUCAAGGACAACACGCUCAUCGGCACCGCCGGGACCCCGACCUAGGUCAAGGCCACCAAGGUCAAGGUCACCAGGGUCAAAGGGUACCGCCCGCUCCGCCAGAGAGGGCGAACAGUCUCCGUCAACAUAAUAACGUGAAUAAUAUGAAUAAGACAUCUCAAUCUCCACACCAAAAUGGAGAGUGGGGACCUCCGCAGUAUGGUGAACUGCCCUCUUAUAAUAAACCAAAUUUCCCUGUGGCCAGUUCAGGUAAUACCGGGCCACGGAACAUGAAUACCUCAACUGGGCGGCGUCACCACCGGAACGACCCACAGGAUUCAUCUCAUACUGCUACACUGCCAAACAAUGCACACGUUUUCGAGCAGCCUCCUGUUGUAUAAUGAAACGUCACUUUGCCAAACGAGGACUUCUUCUGAACUGAGGUUGUUAUAUGUGGUUUAUGGAGCGGGCCAGCAGGUGUUGUUCAAGACAAUAGUGCCAUCCUUGCAUCAAUUUCAAGACCACAUUUGGAGUAUUUUACGUACGAACUACACCACGCCUUCGUGAGAUUAAAAUUUGGCAGUGCCAAAGAUUAGAAGGUCUGUUGACCUGGUCGAGAACAGUUGGUUGUGCUCAUGUUACUCAGGCUGGAGUCAUUAAGUGCUGUACUCAGUCAUGAGUCAUUGAACGUGGUGCACUUAAGUGUUGUUGAUUAAUCUCUAUCAUGAGCAGACCCGUUGCCAGUGUCGAUUGAACAGUGGUUCAAGAAAGGGUCUAUGGUUUGGCAAACCUAUCCAUGGAGGCAACGUAGAACUAAUGGCCUUAGUCAAUGGAAAGUAAAAACCAGCACUCAACUUAUAUGGAGCCUACCAACAAUUCAGAUUUUGAAAGGUUAGGCCAUGCGAUGUGUUCAGAGGUUGAGCUGCAUUUGGAUUCGCGACAGCUUGGAGUAUGAAGCAGCGUUGGAGUAUGAUGCUGCGUGGCAGAGGUGAAACCAGGUGGAGAGAGUUGCGUCAUAAAACAGAGAUUGGUGUAUAUGUUUAUUUCGAAGAGGCAGUUAUAAGACUAAAGAUGUCAAUUCACUCAGCCUGAACUUCUUGUUUUUGUUGUUCGUACCUUAGAUCUCUGUGACUUAACAUAAUAUUUUGGUGCUUUAUAUUACAAAUGGAAAAGAUGACGAACGAAAUCACCAGGGACUCAAAUUGAAAUAAGGAGACGAUUCCUCAAUAUGUUGUUGUGCGGCAAGUUAUGUGUUCUGGCAGUGGCCAUGGAAGAUGAGUUACAAACAGCCUCAGUCGUGGACGGCGAAAUAUUUGGAAUCAAACACAGAAAAUUUACCUGCCAUGGAAGAUGAGUACACACAGCCGGAGUCGAGGACGGCGAAAUAUUUGGAAUCAAACACAGAAAAUUGACUUGAAAGGAGCUAUGAGGCGUUUCCCAUGCUGAACAGCUGGAAGGAGGAAAAACGAACUGUUUGAGCGGUGAUAGCCUGAGUGGUGGACGGCUAAAUAUUUGGAAUCAAACACAGAAGAUUUACCUGAAAGGAGCUAUGAGGUGUUUCCCAUGCUGGACAGCUGGAAGGAGGAAAAACGAACUGUUUGAGCGGUGAUAGCCUAGUUGCUGAGCAACAAGAUCUGGUUGCUGAGGUAUUCUGUGUAGUCGCUUAGAAAGGAUAAUUGGUCGCUAAUGUAUAUUGCCCAUUUCAAACGAUGAUUCCUACUACUGGCAUAAACUAUCAUAUUUGGGUGGUUCGUUUUUAAAAAAUGCUUGCCGAGGUUGCUAUGGUAACAAAAGCUGGUUGCCAUAGAUUAACUUGGUUACAUCUCGUGGCGCCUUGUUUCCAAUUGUUUCCAAUUGUUAGGUUGACUGAGGUUAAUCUGUCAAACCAUAUAAAAGGGGGCAAAGACUUGUGAUGACAUUAUAAGCACCUGAUACGGGAUAGCUGAAAAAAUGUUGCUACAGAUUGCAUAAUACUGUGUACAGAAAUUGCCAGGUUGCUACAGCUGAGCUUGGCUCUUUUCGUAUUUGUUCAUCCCCCCUCUGUGUGUGGCUGUGAGAAGCCAACACGGGCAAAGGGCAAAUCAAAUAUGUUUGCAGCUUUUGUCUCAUUUUACUGAGGAAGAUACUUGAUGUGCAGAGGGGUGUUGUAUGAUUACUAAAAAAGUCAAUUUGGAGGAGAGAUCUCAAUUAAAAACAACCUCUUACCUAUCUUCAGGAAUGAAAACCCUGUGGGGACCAGGUUGUCAUCUGAUGCUGCUUAGCAAAGUAUGGUAUAGAUAUUUUUUCGACGUCAGUUCAGUGUUAUCCAGCAAAGUUGAGUGGAAGUGUAGUGCGUUCAGUGUAUAAAAUGCACUGCUUGGACUGAUCAAAUUUGAAGUGAAACCUAAAUUUGGUCGCCUGGCAACUUAACUUUGGUCGCUAUAGAAACAAAAACAAACAGAAACCAUGACAGGGGAAUUUUUUCAUGAACUGAUAAUCACGGUGUUUUCUCAGUAGGCUCGACCAGUUCUUAACUGGUGAAUUAGUUGUUGUGUCUCAAGAAGUAAAUGGUUUAGGAAAUUCAGAGAGGAAACGAUAAUUUCUGCCAAGCAUUUAUGAUAUUUUGUGCAUUGUUAAAUGCAUAGCUCGUAUGUAUUGUUAAUUUCAACGAAGUUGGCUGGCUUCACAAGUAUAUUUUGAACCGUAGUGCGAAACAAUGUAAAUUUGUCCAAGUUAGGGGGUAAUGGCGACCAUGGGCGCCAUCCUAUGUUGGAUUGGCAUUCUUAGUACAUUUUUGAUUUCGCCUGUGUAUUAAUGUAGGCCUACAGGUGAAACCAGCUUACUCGGUGUAAAAUAAACUAGUUAAGAUGUCGAUGUUUGUGCUGCAGUGACUAUUAAUGAAAUUUUGAUAAAACUUAUUAAAUUGCCAAAAUGGUAAGACCUAGACGGACAGCGGGAGUUCUCAUUUUCUUUAACAGGGGGCAGUUUAUUCAGGAAUUGAGUCAUCACUAUGGUAAUAUUGACAAAAGGUUUUAUUGACACAUACUGGUAACGAUGGAAACAUAUUGGUUACCAUGGUUGCUUGAAACCAGGCUCGACCCAAGAAUCUCACUUAGCAAGUCAUAGGCAUCCCCAAUUCGUAUCAUUUCGACUGCCCCCUGCUGGAGAAAAUGCCAAUCAUUUUUCGAAGGCAAAGAAUCAUUGCCCGCGGGCCAUGUAUUUACAUAAAUGUAUGUCUAUUUAUACGUCAACAUGCCUAUGUGAAAUUGUCAGUUUCUAGUUAAAUACGAGAAAUUAGUUACGAUGAUGUGCAGGGAGUACAUUGUUCAUCGAAGCAGGCCAUAAGUCCAGACCUUUAAUGCUAAUUCGUACUGACUUCGACAUCCAUUACGAAUGGCAGAAAACAGGGACGUAAAAAGGUUUAGAAUUCUCAAAACCUUUUGACAUGACCAUUCAUUAGAAAGCUCUUGCUGAGCACUUAAUUCUGAUGGUACCAUUCGUAGACCUUUCGACGUGACCAUGCAUUAGAAAGCUUUCUGAUGGUCCCUGAUAAGCGUGUUUUCAGCCAAUGAUUCAAGGACCUGCAGGCCAUUUUACCUGUCACUAAGUGAUACACUGGCUUUCUAGAAGUUUUUCUAUGGAGGUGCUUGGAAACAUGAAGUCCAGCAAAGGGCAAAUGCUGGCAUUUAAGAUGAAAUGUAAAGGCCUCGGGACAUGGCGAAUCUGUACCUGCAUUCCUUUCAAACUUGUAAAUUGUAUCAUACUAAGUAUACAUUGUGCUGUAAAACUUAGAGAGUAUUGUGUAAAUUUGUCCAUGUCUGUAGUGGUUUUAAUUGAGAAGUUUAGCAAGAAGAAGCGAUUGUUCUUUUCAGACUUUUUGUGCACAGAGCAAAACAUGUGGUUCGAACUUGGGUUUUUGUUCAAGGAAUGAAUUUGUGAAGUUUCAUACUUAUCUGUCAGGGGGCGCAUUCUCAGAAAAUUUUAACUUUUCAUUCGGUGGAAUAGAUUUAUAUCUAGUUCUUAACUUUUCCCAACUUUUUCUGUAUUUCUUUAUCUAAACAUUGGCCAGCAGAGGCGCAUGAUGACACUGGGACGAAUAGGAUUGAUGAUAUGGCUGGUUGCUAGUCGGAGACAAUUCCAUCAGGAGCUGGCAUCAAAGUGUUGUAGCAACAUUGACCCCCUACUUACUGAGUAGAGACAUCAUUAACCCUUUAAAGCUUCAUGGCAUAGGCCUAGAGCAGUGCUGCUAGUCUUCUUGUUGGGUUCAACAACCACAAAUCAGGUCUCCGCAUUUGAUGUCGCGUGCACAUUGGUCAUUUUCCAAGAAAGUUCAUUGUUGGCACGAUACACUCUCAAUGUCCUGCAUUCAACAGUAUUUUGUUGGGGCAUUUUUCAGUACACGCACACAGCUUUUGUCAGUUCAACUAGACUGUUGGAGGGGACAUCCUAUUCGAGUAAAAGACUUUGAUAACAAAGUAAUGAUAUCCUCAAUAUGUAGAAUCCGUCGGUAUUACAUUGUUUUCAGUGAACGAUAUUCGAGCAUUUUAGGUGUGUCCUGAAGAAAAUUGCGUUCCCAAGCUGUGAUGUCUGUAUCAUUGCGCCACGUGGUGUCAUAAGGUCUACAUACUCACUAUACCUCAACGUCGGAUCCUAAAUAAUUAGUCGUUUGACUAAAGUUGUGUAUGUGUGCUUCGAUUCUUAUUGAGGACAGGGACAGGUUCUCUCAAAACUUCCAAUUCUCCGCACGAAUCCAAAAUACUUCACUGACGCUUUAAACCGUAUGGCUAAGAUUUGUAAUCGACGAAUUUCUUUCAUCAAAGAUAUAACUCAAGUAAGGUCAUUUAGUUAGUGCGUACAUUUUUCUCAACAAGUGGGUAACAGUAUGUAAGGAGGUAGUGUUCAUGUUUUUUUACACGUAGAACUGAAAAAUAUCUCUGAAAAUUUGUUCAAAAAAAUUUCGCAGCAUAUCGUAUUUAAUGAAAAAGCCAGCUGAUAAUCAUGUUUCGUGACAUCAUGUUUCGUUUCUUCCAUCCUGAUAUGCCAGUCGAUUUCACAACAAACUAUGAUCCAGCUCUGAACAAGUUUUGACCUGAGCAAUAGGCUCAUGGGCAAAGAUACCAGGAAAUGGCUCUCUGGUAGUUCACCUACUAUACGCACUAUUCAAUGUCUCAUUGUGUCAAUCACCUUUUGGAAAAUCACUCAACUAUACCGGUAUUCUUUAUUGUUGUCAAUACGUAUUCUGAUAUAGUUGAACUAAUCUAAACAGAUGCACGUGUAAAAUACAAUGGAAAUAUCAUUGCAUUCAAGACCUCAACCCGUAGUGUAAGCCCACUAAUUCUCUCUUCUUCUGUUGUUGAAUUUUUAUUUUCAAUUUUUUGUUACUGAUUUCGUUUCCUCUCUCCUGCAUCUGUUAGAAUCUCUCUGCAUGUAAUGCAGUAUGUUGGUAUUGUUCUGGACAUUUUUCGACAGUUGGAAAAAAACUG